AUUAAACAAACAACCAUAGAAGGGGACGCGGCUACCAAAGAAUUUCAUUCGAGGACGUUUGAUAAAGAGGGUCAAAGCUAACUGACCGAAAGAGCACAGAAGAAAACAGUGAUCUCGUUUAACCUCGAGUGGAGAUCCCUAAAUCGUAGAAUUGCUCGCGUUUGAUUAACGUAAUUGCACAAGGACAGCCGACGACUGUCCCUGUGGGUGGUGUGUGGAAGAAGCAGAAGGGCGCCGAUAAAGAAUAGAGGGGUGCGUGGUGAAACGCGACGAGAGGGUGAAGUGAAGGUGUCCUCGUGGGGUGCCAGAGUGAGCACGAUAGCACCUCUGGUGCCCUCGGCCGUGGGUCCCGAGGGGACGGACGCCAUGGCGGCCUCUUCGUCCUCGUCGAGCGGCGAGCAACAGUACUCACUCAGGUGGAACGACUUCCACUCGAGCAUCCUCAGUUCAUUUCGUCAUCUGAGGGACGAGGAGGAUUUUGUGGAUGUGACCCUGGCAUGCGACAGUAGCAGCUUCACCGCGCACAAGGUCGUCCUCUCUGCGUGCAGUCCUUACUUCCGGCGGCUCCUCAAGGCGAAUCCAUGCCAGCAUCCGAUCGUGAUCCUGAGGGACGUUGCCUCGUCCGAUAUGGAGUCGUUGCUGCGCUUCAUGUACCACGGCGAGGUUCACGUGGGACAGGAGCAGCUGGCCGCUUUUCUCAAGACGGCGCAGAUGCUUCAGGUUCGGGGUUUGGCCGAUGUGAACAGCGGUGCUGCCACAGCGAAAAUUCCACCUCCUUCGUCGUCUGGUGGAAACAACGGUAGUGCACCGACGACACCACGCAAUCCGUGGCAAGAUAACGGCAGGGGAGAAUUGAACGAGGGUGGUUUGAGUCCUCCACCAGAGAAGAGACCUAGAAGCUAUAGUCCACCAUUGGGUAACCACGUGGAGCAGAAAACUGACCUUCAGGAAUCACUUCUGGGACAGGCCCUGGAAGGAGGACCUACGAUACACACGACACCUACGAAUAAUGUACAGGCGCAAUCUACAGGCGAGGAUUCAAAUUCCAUGUCGGACAACGAAGAAGAGAUAUCGAAUAACGACAGUAUCCUGAAUUCUGUGAAGACGGAACCAAGCGACAUUUUAAAUGAUUCUAUAGAACACCAUCGUAACUCGUUUCCUACGACGCUCUUGGGAAUACCAGGACUGAUACCAGGACCAUCCGGGAUCCACGCGGCGAAUCAGGAUCCGAAUUACGUCGCUCGCCGCGGUUUGGACAUGAUGCGGGUCCGCGCCACAGAUCCACGUCCCUGCCCGAAAUGCGGUAAGAUCUAUCGAUCUGCCCACACGUUGCGCACCCAUCUGGAAGAUAAGCACACGAUCUGUCCUGGCUAUCGUUGCGUUCUCUGUGGCACCGUGGCCAAGUCAAGGAACUCUUUGCAUUCGCACAUGUCGCGGCAGCAUCGUGGAAUCAGCACCAAGGAUCUACCAGUACUACCGAUGCCGAGUCCGUUCGAUCCUGAACUGGCGUCGCGUCUAUUGGCCAAAGCGGGUGUCAAGGUGAGUCCAGCAGAAUUACGAGCUCGUGCCAGUCCCACGGGACCCAGAAGGGGUGACAUGAGACUGGAGAUACCUCGAGGAGGUGCGCCAUCCGAGGCCGGAAGCAGCAUCUGCGGCGGAGACGACCCGGAAGACCUUACGCUGCCGCUCAGUCUGAGGUAUGGAUCACCGACGCCCAACAAUAACACUGUGAUCACCAAAGUAAGCGGUAGCAACAGCAGCAGCAGUACCAAGAAUUCGACUGCGACGGCGAUUGCGGCCAAAUCUUUAGACACCAUGCACGGCAGCCGUGAGCCAAACACGGCGCCUCUUCAUCCACCCGGACAUCUUCAUCCGAGCCAUCAUAACACCAGCGCCACUGGAUCGGCGAUCAUCGAUACGUAUUUACAAUUUAUCGCGGAGAAUUCCGGAUUGACCACAAUGGGGAUUAGUCCUGAACAAGCUGCUGCGGUAGCGGCUGCACACGCGGCCAAGAUGGCUCACAUGAGCGCGAUGGAUAAAUUAGGCAGUCGUGGGAUCGAAGAUUAUCCUAUGAUCGGUAGAGAUGAGGGUCGAGGACCGGGAGUAGUGCACGAAGAUCGUCAGGAUACGUUGCAGGAUAGGCACGUUGGACUUUUGGACGAAGGCGAGUCGUCCGGUGGCGAAGAAGAUGACUUUAGCGAGAACGAGGAGCCAGAGAUCGUUAAAGCUGAAUAGAUGGCACGUUGGCGGUAUCCCGCGACCAGAGUUGAUGACACGUGACCUCAGUAGGAAGUGCUUCUGAAGAGACGUGUCCUGUAUCUUGGAUCCAGCACGUCCUCUUCCUUUGCAGUCAAAUCCAUCCACUACCUCAGACUUACUCCAGUUUUCUUUUCGUUACGAGAGAUAGAACUCUUUUGUUUUUGUUCCAAAGAAAGAAGAAGGAAGAAGAUGAGAAAACGAAGUCACUGCAGACCACAUACGUACACGUGGUCUUUGGAUUGGAAAAUGAAUUCCUCCUUCGUUACAGAGAAACAAACGGAGUUUUUCGUUGCCCACGGACACACGUACGCCCUCCUCACACACAUGUACACACGUGUGUAUAUGCGCGUAUACAGUUUUUAGCCCGUUUAAAAUAUUCCAUCUGUCUACCUCAGUGAACACGAUAAACGAUAAGUGAUAGGACAGACCAAGGUGAAUGAAUCUCAUGAAUCAUGAACUUAGAGGGAAGUAAUAUGGUGAAACGAUCGGAGAUGAAGAGAGAUCUAUCGCCAUGGCUAUUCAACAAUGUCAGUUGCGUUACAGCGAAAGUUCAUGUGAAAAAGAUAUAUUGCGAUGAAAAAAUCAACGACUGUGUUUUUAUAGGAUCGCAAGCGAAAGUAUGCGAGCGAACCGAGAAGCGAGGCAAUGCCAAGGCAACUGUUUGAUUCCUUUUAUUUUCUAAGGGUUAAAAAAGAAAAGAGGAAAAAUCAACAAAGAACGGUGAUCGUCGCGUAUACGCGAUUGGCGGAAGAUAUUAUUAUUAUAUUAUAUUAUAUUAUUAUAUAUAAAUGUUGAGGAAAAAUAUAUAUUGUCUAGAUUUAUAGAGAAGUUAGUGUACAACGGCACGUACGUACGUACACGGUACACACAUAAAAGAAGUAAAGUAAUGGCUAGAGUGGAUACGUGUAGCGCCAGGGUUAGCACCCUUUGUAUUUUUUAGAAGAGUGCACUUUCCAAGUAUACACUCACCUGCAAACAUGCGUAUACAAGGCACUACGUACAUUAAAUACACUCUCACACAUUCUGCAUUCUACUUUUUAACGUAUUGUGGUAAUACACAUACACAUAUACACAAAUAUAUAUGGAAUAUUGGAUAUAUAUGGAAAGUUAUGUAUUAUCGCGUGAUAUAAAAUUACAUGCGGUUGUGUUUUCGCAGAUUAAGAGUCGCUCUAGAAGCGCGACGAUUAAUGCGAUUGUUAACUGUCUACUCGCUUUAUCGUAGGAAAAGAGGCGGAAUAUAGAACGGAACUAGACCGGGUAGUUUAACGUGUCAAUCGGCAAACGAGAAAUCUUAAUGCUGGUUUAUGUUUAGCGAAGUCGACCAAACUUUCUUUAAUAGCCUGGAGAGAAUUCUUAGGACAACGUGAUAAAUGGUGUCAGGAUUCGAGAUAGAAAAAGAACGAGAUAUUUCUUGCACGAUCCUCGAGAUGAUGCGUUUUGAAACUGGUCAGUUCAACUUGAAAUUUUGCUCUGUUUUGAAAUUAGAAUUAGAUAAAGUAGCGCGCGAACUAAGAAAAGAAAGCUUCAACUUAGAAGAAUCAUAAAAUAAUCGAGAACAGUCUCUUCUUGUCGUUCCUUUCGUCAUGUGACACCCCCCCCCCCCCACGUUCUUCUAUUCGAUCGAACCCGUCGAUUAAUCGAACUGGAAACAAAAAUCCAUCUCCCAGGGCUUGCCAUGACCUUUCUAGUACUUAAGUUCUUUUUUCGGCUUGGGCGAUUUUCUUCUUUCUUGAGGGGAACGACAAGAUUCUUUCACCCGUGGACGAGAUCUGCUCAUAGACGAUUAGUUGCUCGUGUACUUUUUUUUUCCAAAAGAAUAAUGAGAGUGAAAGAAGGAAAAAUGUGAUGCAAGGAAAGGAACUGAUAAUAUAGAAUCACGAGUGGAACGAGAACCACGAUCCAUCUUUUCUUCAUGUUCGUGUUGCUUUUGCUUCUGGACCAUCCAAGUCUUUUUCCGCAUUCUUGUAUGUCUUUGACUCAUCUCGAUCAACGAUCUCCUUCUGUCAACCCGCGCUAUUUAUAAACCGGUUGAUAUUUCUUUUCCAACGAAUUUUCGCUUCACGAUACGUAUAUAUAGGAUUUUUAAUAUUAUCGUAUCUCAUUUCAGUCAUGCUCUUGAAUUUUACAAACGUGAUUCUCGUUCUUCGAGUGAUAUGUAGGAUGAAGAAGAAGAAUAAAAAAAAAAAAGAAAAAAAAAAUAGAGGAGGAAGAGGCAGUUUCGAACUCGUAGAUCGCAAUUAUGCGUGCGAUUUCGUGUUUAGGCUCGAAAUGUAUAAUACUAAAAUGGUUCCUACUAACUGAAUACAUACACGAGCUACUUUGAUUUUAUGGUAUACUUUGAGAAUACAUAUUAUAUAUAUAUAUAUAUAUAUAUCUGUGUGUGUGUGUGUAUGUAUGUAUGUAUGUACAUAUUACACAUAUGUAUGUAUGUAUAUAUAUGCGCACACACGCGCGCACGCGCGUACACACUCACACACACUCAUAAUUAGGUACGUCUAGAGAAAAGAGAAACUUAGCAAUACGUAGUGGCGCAACGCGAUUUAAACGUUAGGAUUCCUUCCGUUCCGGGUUUUCUAGUAUAAUGACUAUUAUUUUGUCUUUUCUUAUUCUUUUUUAUUGUUUUGGUUAUAUCUUUUUUUUGUUCUUGGGCGUAUGUGCGUGAAAGACAGAGAACGGUAAGUAACGAGGGAAUUAAAGAAUCGAUUCUGUCUGAUGACAAAUCCUUUUUGUAGGUGUUUAGUACCUACUUUCUUUUUUUUUUUUUUGGCUAGGUUUAGUAGGUUGUACACAAUACAAUACUCGAAGUAUACUAAUCCUUUCUUAGCUUGUAAGAGAAUUUUACCGAUGAAACACAGGGAUUCUCAGUGACUUUACCAGGCCACUGACGAUACGAAUACAUCGUUCACGAACGUAAACUGUGUAUGUAUCUCUGCGUGAGGCGAUACGUCCAGAAAGAGAGGGAGAGAGAGAGAGAGAGAGAGAAAGAGAGAGAGAGAAAGGUUAAAUUUUACAUAGAUUCGGAAAAUCAAAAACGAAAAUGUACACUAAUCAAACGUGGACAAGCGCGAAACGAGCAAACUUUUUUACGAGUAGCGUCGAUUCUCACCCUUUCCGGUACGAAUUCUCGAGAGUCAUUUAUUAGGGAUUUAAGCUGUAAACCGAAGCUAUAAACAUUUUAUUCAAGACAAUAAUUACACAAACAUGUGUUUGGAAGAAACGUGUUAUCGGAAUUAUCAGGCCGUGAGAUUUGCAACGAGUUUGGGCGAGUUCGACGCUGAGAUUCUCGAAUUUUUUAAGCUUUAUAUUGUAUAUACGUACGAGGGUAUCUGUAUACGAUCGAAAUAUUUGUAUACGAAUCACGCAAAGAGGCCAUGUAAAUCGUAACGAAGUAAAAUUUACUCAUUUACGGUGACUCGUCUAUUAUGGGUCCUCGAAACGUGAUAUUUUAAUGCUUGUGAAAUUUUUAAUCGCUCGUUUCCUGCCGACGAAUCCACGAAUUAACACGUCACGAGGUUACAACUGGAAGCUUCGUAGAUAGACAUGUUUUAGAUCGAGGAAAAGAAUAUGGGAAUGAUCGAUCGAGACGCGAAUCCAGGUCUAAUCGGUACAAAGAAACCACUUCUUGCCUUGAAAAAAGCUCUCUAUAAAUAUUACGCAUCAGGCGUGAUCAUAUUGCGAGACAAAAGUUAAAAUGAAGGAUAAGGGAAAAGGAAUCGGAAAAAAUGGGAAGAAAAUAAUAAAAGAUUCUUCUCAGAAGAAAAAAAUUCUUCGCAGAGUACAAAUUUAAUUCGCGGUGUUUUAUCCAGAGCGAACAGAUUAAAAAUAAGAAAAAACAAGGAGACGGGAAAAAUUAAUAACGAAAAAAUAAUAGACACCGAUCGAAGGAGGAAGCUAAAAGGUUUUCUAGGUAUCGUUAAACGCGUUUGUGACAACCGUCUGUCCAGAUCGGGAUGAAGAGAGGAAAAUGGAAAAUCGGAUUGAUCGUUUUCUUCGUGCCAUUGUGAAUAAUUAAUCGAACGCGGCGAGGUUUAAGACUUUCUUUACCGUUUUUUU